CGUAUAUGAAUAGUAUUAUCUACAUUGUUGCGCACACUGACAACAAGCAGUCAACCUGAACUGAAGCGUCGGAUGCGCUCCUCAUAGCUCGCUUGCCUUUGACCCAGUUACAUAGCAUGAUUGGAGCUUUGGUUUGCCUGUGAUCAUUGUCAGGUAUGGUACAAUACUAAUAACGCAGAGCGGGCGGAUGUCAGGGUCUGAGCUGCUCGGACAGCCUACCCGAAAGCUCGUUUGCUUGUUUUUCUAGUUGCACAUGUGCAUUAGCGACUGUUGGCAUCAAAACAACGUUCGUAAGCUGCUUCAACUGCUACCUCCCCCUACUUCCAUGCGGGACUACUUGCAACUUGUUACCAGGGCAACGCCACGCCGCGUCCACAGCUAGAAGCAGCCACGGGCGCUAGCAGUGUCCAGCUGCAGACGUACACGCGGCGGGCCCGUAGCAGUGUGGCGGCGUCAGCGGCUUGUUAGGCGGCAUGGCGGAGGCGGCGGAAUGCGGCCCAGACAGCCCGUCCACGAGCGGGCGUGUGCUGGAGGGCCCGGGAAGGCAGCUCCCACACCGGCGCCAGGAGCACAGCGCCUACACGAUAUCAGGGGUUAGCUGCCCGCAGUCUGUAGCUGGCAGCGAAGGCCAGGAGCAGGGCGGCCGGCUGUGUAGGCUCCGCUGGGCGCGUUGCUCACUCGGCCGGGGGCGGCUGCUCGGCGGGCUGGCGCCUCCCUGCCUGACCUCUCCAACACAGCUGGCACUGCUGCUCCUGCUGCUACCUGCAUUGCUGUACCCCACCUCUCUCCUGGGGCCCGAACUCGCCAGAGACGGGCUGGAAGGGAGAGGGGCGGGUGGCACGGGCGGCGGCGGGACGCGGUCGCGACCGCCGCUGGCUGGCGCCGCGGCGCAGGCGGUGGCUGCAGCUGCUGGGCAGCCCAACACAACGAACCUGGGAGCCUCGGCUUGGCUCCUGAUGGGAGGGUUGGUGGAGAACACGACCAACACUGCGCCCGACGGGCAGUGCGGGUUGCGCUACACGGGGAUGGUGGAGUUCGCGGGCGCAGGCUGCAACAGGCACGAGUACAAGCCGGGCCUGUUCCGCAUGCUGAUGGACGCGCACCACCGGCAGCUGGGCCAGAGCGCGCUGGGCGACCGGGGCCGGCUGCUGGCAGCGCUGCAGCGCUACCGCGACGGCGACAACCUCACCGUGGCCGUCAUUGGCGGCUCCAUCGCGGCGGGGCAGGGCGCGUUCGAUGCCCCCGCCUUCCCCUACUGGCUCAAGCUGAUCCUGGAGGCGCAGCUUCCCGGCGGCCCCCAGCGCGUGCGUAUGAACAACGGCGCGGUGCCCGGCACCAGCAGCGCCUACAUGAGCACCUGCCACAACGUGCACGUCCCCGCCAACGCCGACAUCGUGAUCCUGGAGUACGCCGUGAAUGACGAGGAGAUGCCCAUGCCGCACAUGAACAACGCGGUGCGGCGGCCCUUCGAGCGGCUGAUCCGCAAGCUGCUGCAGUACCCGCGGCGGCCCGCGGUGGUGCUGAUGCACGCCUACCGCUGGUUCCAGAUCCCGGUGGAGAGCACGGGACAGUUCUGGGUCAGCAGCGAGCGGCAGCACGGCGAGUUCGGCGCCUACUACGGCCUGCAGCAGCUCAGCGUCAAGGCCUGCUGCUACCACCUCAUGCGAGAGGGCGCCGACGGCUUCGCGGUGAAGCGGCCGCGUGCCGACCACAACGGUCGGCUGCAGCACGAGAACUUCAUCGACGCCAUGCUCAAGGGCCGCGCCUUCUACUUUGACGUGGUGCACCCGGACGGCAACACCGGGCACCGUGUCAUGGGCGAGCUGGCGGCGCAGCUGGUGCUGGACGCCUGGGCGCAGGUGUCGUCCGGCUACAACAUCAGUGAGGCCGACGCCAAGCGCAUCGCCGCUCCGCUGCCGCCGCCCAUGCUGGCACACAACCUGGAGUCGCGCAGUGACAAGUGCUUCAUCGGGCCGGCGCUGCAGCAGACGGUGUUGAGCCGCCAGGGCUUUGAGUGGGUGAACGAGGGCAAGACCGCCAAACUGCCCAAGUGGGGCUUCAUUGCCGAGGCCCCCGGCGCCGAAAUCAAGUUCAAGGUCAACACCAACUCCACCGCCAUCCGCCGCCAGGAGCUGACUGUGGAACUGGGCUACCUGCGUUCGUACGAGAGCAUGGGCAAGGCGGUCGUCAGCUGCGAGGGCGGCUGCAAGUGCAUGCCCUGGACGCUGGACGGGCACCACGACCAGCGAAACAGCCAGACCUUCCUGCACGGCUGGCGCGUCAGCCAGGCGGAGGACUGCAUCAUCGUGGUCAAAGUGCUGGAGGCCACCAGCAGCGGCAAGCACAAGGUGAAGAUCAGUGGGCUGAUGGUGAGCGAGGACCCCGAGAACCUGCCCUUCAACAACUGGGCGGCGUGGGACUGGGUCAGCGUCGCCAGCAGCAAGGACCCACAGGGCGUGUUUGAGAUUAAGAACGUGGCCCGGCGGUCGCUGCUGGCAGCACACCAGGCCUCCAGUGCGCGGUUGCAGCAGCGGUACGCAUCGAUCUACGGAAUUGGAGCAGGAGCCCAGCAGCAGCAGGAAGGCGCAUGGGAGGUGGAGGAGCCGCAGGCGGACGGAUUGCAGGGACACGGGAACGGGUUGCAUUGAGGGGAGAGGUUGCAUAGUGGCAACGCUGGCAAUGCGUCGCCACAGGCAUAGAGGCAUUGGUGCGAUUGGCUGUGUUAUUGUGUGUGUGCGCAAGGAAGCACGGCCCAAGGUCGUUAUACCUGACAUCGGACCAUUUAUGAGCUGCCAGAGCAGAGGCAGCGGCGUGAGGAAAUCCAUGCGCAUUCUACCCGUUUGCGGUAUGGCUUGCCGUACGCGUGGCGUGCCGCUGAGAUGGCGCAAUCAACCUCACAAAAACGAUUUGUGUUUUAUAGAUAGACGUCACUGCACACAUGAUGCUACAACGAAAGCUGCGCGCAACGCAGCGCGGCCCAGCGACCGAUGAUAGGCAUAACCUCUGCC